AUGUCCGACCUUAAGACCCUUGUCCCAGAGCUCCAGAACGCCCUGGAGCGCAGACAACUUGAUGCCGCCAACGGCCUUCUCAGCAAAGCCAAGCGCGCUCUUCUCAUCCAAAAUGCCUUGAUCCCAACACCAUCCACACCUCCUCAGCUUGUUAUCCUUGCCCGCCAGGUGCUCGAACUUGGUGCCCUUGCCUCGAUCCGACAGACUGAUGCCCAGACCUUCACAAGAUACUACCAACAACUGCAGCCCUUUUACGACCUUGAGCGACACGUUGGUGGACCGGGACAGCCUCCAGCUCAGAUUGAUUCCAGCACAAGCCAGCGCAGCAAGAUUACAGGAUUGUACUUGUUGCUCCUGCUGAGCAGUGGUGAUAGCGCCAACUUCCACACUGUGCUUGAGGGUUUGGUAGAAGAGGCCAGUUUGAAGGGUGGCCGUAUCGAGGAUGACACUUACAUCAAGUACCCUGUUGAGCUGGAGCGAAACUUGAUGGAGGGCAGUUAUGAUAAGGUGUGGCGGGAGACAAAGUCGGAGCGUGUGCCGGAUGAGGACUUUGGAUUGUUCUCCAACGUUCUGAUCGGUACUAUUCGAAGCGAGAUCGCAGACUGCUCGGAGAAGGCCUAUCCUUCCCUUCCUAUCUCGAACGCCAAGAACCUCCUCUUCCUGGAGUCGGAGGGUGCAGUUAUUCAGUUCGCUCAACAUCGUGGUUGGAUUCUUCGUGAUGGACGGAUACACUUCCCGGUCGAGCCCGAGUCGGCUGCCAGGUCCGAGAAGGACAUCUUGGUGGCCAGUGGCACCGUGAUUGAGAAUACACUAGGCUAUGCCCGGGAGCUGGAGACAAUUGUUUAA